AUGGGGAUCAAGAGCACAAUUCUACCCGUAGUGACCGAGAAGUCUCUCGCACCCUCCAUCCAGUCAUUGCCAAGGAGUGAAACUUCCGGCCACAUCAGCCAGCCGUCAUUGGGUGCUAAGGCGGUGAUCAUUAUCGAGGACGAGCCAAAAAGGCGUUUCUUUGCACGACCAUGGGGGCCACGUCAGAAAGCUGCCGCUGGGGUACUUGGCUUCGUAUGGAUCGCCCUGAUUGCUUUGACGAUCGCUCUUCCGAUUUACUUCACCAAGAUUUACGGGUUUGCGAAGGACACCGAUUGGUACUGGAAGAUUCCCCAACCAAAUGAGGACUCGAGUUAUCACAGCGAGGCAAACCGACCUGUGUUUGCUCUCAACAAUUUCCCGGACCCAGGACUUAUUGAGUACAAUGGGACAUGGUUUGCUUACGGAACGAAUCCCAAGAAAAAGAACCCUGAUAGCAUUCAUGUACCUGUUGCUACUUCCACCAACUUUGUCAAUUGGACUCUACAUGAAGGGUAUGAUGCACUACCCACUCUUGGUGGCUGGGAGAAGAAGGUCAAUCACUGGGCCCCCGAUGUGAUCCAGCGUGAUGACGGCAAGUUUGUGAUGUACUACUCCGGAGAGGCGAAGAACUGGGGUAGCUUCCACUGCGUUGGCGUUGCAGUAUCGAACGGCACAAAUCCACUUGGACCGUACAUCCCUGAGGACAAGCCAUUGGCAUGUCCCCACGACCUGGGUGGUGCGAUUGACCCGUCGCCAUUUAGAGAUGUUGAUGGCACUCUCUAUGUUGUUUACAAAGGCGACGGAAACAGCAUUGGCCACGGUGGAAAUUGCAACAACGGGAAAAAGCCAAUCGUGUCCGUACCCAUCCUCUUGCAAGAGUUGAAGAGUGACGGCAUUACUACGGUUGGAAGUCCAAAGAAGAUCCUUGACAUCGACGAUACCGACGGACCUCUUGUUGAGGCUCCAGAUCUCAUGCGCACCGAGGAUGGUGUCUACUACCUUUUCUUCUCUUCUCAUUGCUAUACAUCAUUGGGCUACAAUGUGAAGUACGCUCACUCGACUUCCAUCAAGGGCCCCUAUAAGAGAGCUGAUCGGCCUCUGCUGCAGACUGCAGACUGGGAUCUUCUGGGGCCCGGUGGUGCGACUGUUUCCGCCGACGGAAAGAAGAUCGUCUUCCAUGCUAAUUGUGGCUCUCACCGCUGCAUGUACGCUGGUGCCAUCGAGAUUAAAGCCAACAACACAGUUGUUAUGACAAGUCUCCUGGGAAACUAG